UGUUUACUAGAAUAAAAUGUGUUUUUACUAGUCUUGGAAUACAUUUUCCUGGCUAAAUGAAGUUUCCUAAACCAAGUUAGAUGUUUUUGACAAUAAUUGAAGAAAGUGGCGUACUAGCGUUGGUUGAUGUAAACAAGAUUAUCGUCUGCUCUGCACUUCUUUUUCGAAAAUCAAUUUCUAACAAAACAAUGUGUAUUAGUGAUGAAUUGCAGUAAAUAACUGCUAUUAGUGAAUCUUAUUUGUCUGAUGAAUUGUAAAUAAAACCAAAUGAUAUUUUUAAAGUUUACAGUGUUAAUUCUAGGUGUAAUCCAGCUUACUGGAGGCUCUCGAGUUUUGGAACUGAGUGACAGAUUUCUUGAUGUCAGAAAAGAUGGACUCUGGCUUGUUAUGUUCUAUGCACCAUGGUGCGGCCACUGCAAGCGGUUGGAACCUGUGUGGGGUCAUGUCGCACAGUCUCUUUACAACACCAAUGUGCGCGUUGGUCGUGUCGACUGUACACGUUUCACCAGCCUCGCCACAAAGUUUGGUGUCACAGGCUUUCCCACCAUCAUGUUCUUGAAAGGGGAUGUGGCCACACAUACUUACUACGGCGACCGCACCAAAGAAGAGAUCAUCAACUUUGCGAUGCGAGUGAGUGGUCCUCCUGUCAAACCCAUCACGCGGCCGGACAGCCUCGACACACUGAAGAACAGCAACCCAUUGUUCUUCGUCUACGUGGGCGAGUACGAGGGUCCACUCUGGGAAACAUACUAUCAAGUUGCAGAAACAUUCCAACCUCAUGGUUUCUUCUAUUCAGUAUCUCCAGAAAUUGCGAGAAAGCAUGUCCGGCUGAAAGACCCACCAGAAAUUUUUGUCUACAAGGAAAAGUCACAUUACUUCUUUGAAGAGGGUGACACCAGCUUGGGAGGACUCAAUGCCAGCUUGAGCGAGUGGGUGAACAGCGAACGGUUCGCUACAUUCGUUAAAGUCACUCGUGGGAACAUCCACCAGUUGAUGAAGACCAACAAGUUCUUAGUUCUGGCUGUAGUCCACGAGAACAAGCUCCAAGAAGUGCCUGAUGAGAUGUUGGAGUUCCGAGACAUGAUUGAGUCGGUCAUUAUGACCAAUCGAGACAGAUACCACAGGUGGUUCCAGUUCGGAUGGGUCGGGCAGCCCAGAAUUGCCAACUCUAUAGCCAUGUCAGAACUCCCACUGCCGUACCUCCUGGUGGUCAACUCUACCACUGACCACCAUCACCGGCCCGACGACGAGCCUCACCGCCUCACUCCCGCUGCAGUCAGGCUCUUCCUUGAGUCUGUACUCAACCAGUCCGCUCCAAGCUAUGGAGGUAACACACUGCCAGUGAGACUCUACAGAAGAUACUUUGAAGCUCGGUCGUCACUAGCAGAGAUGUGGCGAGGUAAUCCAGUGCUGACAGCUGUUCUGUUCGGUCUGCCCCUUGGCUUCCUCAGCCUCAUCUGCUAUUCCAUCUGCUGUGCCGACAUCAUGGAUGCUGACGAUGAGGAUGAUGAAGAUGAAAUCCACGAAAAGAAAGAGUAAGAAGAGGAACUAAUCCAUUCUAGAGCUUAUCCUUGUUCCUUUCAUUCCAUGAACACUGCUUUUAUACCUGAAUCUGAACUUUAUAUUUAUUUGUAUCUGAGAAUAUUUAUCGUGUACUUAUGUCAGAACCAGUUUUAGCACACUCAGAUCUGCCCAUACUUGUUGUGAAUUUAAAUUGAAAAAUCAUUAAAGUCAAAUAUUCAAACCAAAUCUCCAAUUGUAAUAAUGAUUCAAUCUUAUGUUAAGCUGUGCGAAAGUUCUGUAAGUAGUACUUUGUGGAAUACCGCAUUAUCAUUGAUCUUAGCAGAAAUCACCAAGUCAUAUACAUCUUUGAGCAUCAUACUUAUGUAUCAAAUCCUGUAUUAAGUUAUUGUUACACAUUGGUUGAAGUAUUAUAAAAGUAUAUAACAUGUGACAAGUUACACUGGGCAUAUUAGAAAAGUAUAAAUAGGGGCUACCAUCUUAAAAAUGGAAAAUCACUGUUUAGUCAGUAAAUUCUAUCAACCAUUAGCUUAGUCAGUAUUCUGUUAUUGUUAAACAUUCAUGAAGAAAUGCAUAACACAUAAGUUGUGGAUCUGUAAUUAGACUCUUUAAUAUAUAAUUGUGUAACAAAUUAGUAUAGAAAAUUAUUUUGCUUUUUCACGAUUAGGAGAGUAAUAAAGGUUUUAAUUUUUAGGCUCUUUAAACCAAACUAAAGACACAUCUAAAAUUAUUUGUGCUUUAUAUCUGUAUAAUUAAUGCCUCUUUACUCCCUAAUUCAGAUCCAAUUGAGUUUAAAUUCAGUACGACUAAGCUUUCUGCGUUGUUCACUGCCUUUGACUAGGAAAAAUAUUGUUAUUUGUACGGACAUUGCUAAAAACAAUUAAAAUCUUUAUUACAUUAUGGAAUGUUACCAAAAGAGAACGGAAACAGUGCUGCUUAUGAAUUUGUAAUAGUUUUUAAAAUGAAAUUAACAUAAUCUUUGUAGGAACUUAACUCUAGUUUCCAUAUUUCUCUCUUCUUUCAAUACAAGUUCAGAAAAUCUUUAGAGGAAUUUGCAGUUUUUUUCAUUAUGUUAAAGAAAGUAGACAUGCAAUAUUCUAAACCAGACACAAGACGAUAAAUGUGACUAUCCUAUUUAAAAAUUACAGUUUGGCUGACUGUCUAUUUCAAACAUGCCACACUCCAGUCAGUGUUUCCAUCGGUCUUGUUUGAUCAAUCUUGAAUACUGUAUUAUCCUAAAAUAUAAUAGGAGGGAAUUUACUGUUUAGGAACACUUUUUGUAAUUAUAAUUGAAGUGUACUUAGAUUUUCUCUGCUGUUACUUAGAUUAAACUAACCCUUACCAUAUUAAAAACUGUUAUUCGUUUAAAUUAAUAUGGAUUGAUUAAACAUUAACUCACAGUUUACUUAGCAUUUGGCUUUUGUGAAUCUUCCAGUGUCAUUUUACAUUCCACCCUUUUAGUGUUGUUGCUAAUGUUAAUCAGUAGUCUGAAAGAAUGAUCAGUAGUCUGAUGGUUGUUCAUCUUAAUAUUCGGUAAGCUUCUUCAGAGCGAAGAGAGAAUUUGUGCAUAAGGCAGGUUAUGCUGAUUGCAAUUAAAAAUUGUGCAAUAUUCUGUGACAAGACAGUUACUGUGAACUAGUUGUUCAGCAUAAUCUGUUGCCAACACAAGUAAUUUUCUAAAUAAACUCACUCUGAGGAAUAGAACUAUGUUUUCUCUACAGAAAGUGUUGUAGGCCAUCAGUUCGCUCUACAGACAUGACUUCCUUAUCCCGUGCCUGCUCUGUGGAUAUUCUACACAGCACUCUAGUGGUUGGAGAGAAAGCUGAAUAAUAACUUGAGUACUGUAGAUAUAAUGAAUUAAAAAAUUAUUUUGUUCAAUUAGCAGACAAUUUAUUAUGUAUUAAAUUUAUCGUUCUGAACACUAAGGUCUGGGGAUGGGCAGGGCUUGUUUGAAUUGUCGGUUUGAUUAAUAGGUGAUGGAUUAAACCAAACACAGUAAUGUAUUAAUUUAGUACAUAAAGGAAUAAUAUAAUUGAUUAGUUUAUUAUUGUCUUUCAAUUAAAUUUAGUAAUAAAUUCUGGUUGGAGCACACGAUAUCUUAUUGUAAGACCUCUAGGGCUUGCAUACUGGUCUAGGGGCUUGUAAGUGGGCUUUCACAUCUUAUCAUUAACCAAUUAAUAUUUGCUGAGCGUUAGUGAAGCCUAUAGCUUAGAAUGAUAUAGAGGACAAAUUGAGUUGUAUAUGCUUGGAAUUUUCAAUAAUUUCUACAUAGGAAAGAUUUAAUUUGAUUAUGUUGCCUGAUUCCUCACUUAGCCAGAAUGCUGUUAAGGAUAUAUCCAUGAUCUCCAGGGAGCAAGAGUCUCCCUAGCGUGAUUGUGGUAGUUAGGUCAUGUCAGUCUUUCAGACAAUGGGAUAAACCAUAUCCAACCAAAAUGGUGCUGAGAAAUCAUCCAUGGUUUCAAAACUUGGAGAAGCCUAAAGUGUGCAUGAUCUGAUGUAUUCAGAAUAUAAGAAAAGAGUUGUAGCGCAAUACUUAUAAAACGACUACCAAAAUGAACAAUGCAGUCGCAGUUUGAACAUCGAAGUAAAUAUAUGUAAUGGAAGUAAUCAAGGCGACAAUAAGAUUGCAACUUAAUACCUGUAGAUAUAUUAGUAAUUAGAAUAAUAAUUUCUGUUCUAUUCAUCUCCAUCUUUGCCUAACCAUCAUGUCUCACUUACAAUCAUCCCAAAAAGCUGGAACAAGGUCGUAGAUUAGCAAGAACACACAUACGUUCUCACGUUAUACAGGUGAGCACUAGAACAUAACCAAACAAACAAAGAAGCAUUGUAACAACACAUAAAACAGCCAUCAACAUCAACUAGAACAGAACAAGGAAUGAAGUCAGUGUCUGCUAUCAACAGCCGAGUGCAAAGAGUAUAAAAGUCAUUAAUAUCUCUUUCGUAAAUGGGUGUAAAUUAAGUGAGGAUUUUUUAUAUAUUUGGUCACAAUGGUUAAUAAAUGAAAAAAAAUAUUGUAUCUAUUAUACACAAUAUUUUACUAUAACAAUUUAUUUUAUGGAUAUUUAAGUGUCAAUUUUCUAACCAUCCGAUGGAUUGGACAUUGAUCUCCGAAGGAUUAAUAACAAAACUAUUAUCUUUAAUUUUACACGCUAAGACAGUUCGUAGUUUUUGUUUGUUGCAAAAAAUUACAAUUAUUAAUUACUCCAACAAUAUUUAUUCCUGAAUAAGUAUUUGUUCAGUAAAUAUGGCCUUUAGGUCAGAUUAAUUAUUCUUUAAUUUGUGCAAAAUUUAUCAGUCUAUUAUAAUCAAUUCCUAAGAAUUGACGUUCCCAUAUCAUUAUAGUCAAUAUUAACUAGUUUAUCUUAUUAAUAAGCACGUUGGCCUGUGUCGCCUGGAUAAGAAUUUAAAUUUUAAACACUAUGUACUUAAUGUUUUGUUAUUUGUAAAGUAGUAGUAGUAAUUUAAACAGUUUUUAUACAUGAUUAUAUAAUAAUGAUCAUAAAGCUUUUUACCUCAUGUUAUGUUGCCUGUGAUUUAUCAGAACGUGUCUUACCUUUUCUAUGUUUAAUAUAUUGUAGUUUGUUAGUUCAUUACAUUGUGUAAUCGAGUAAUAUAAUUGCAUAAGCCAGCUACAUGCAAAUAUACAUGAUUGUACGACAAUACUUGAAAAGUACAAUUAUUUAAGAACUGUUGAUGCACUUGAGCUUGUCAUUGAUUAUACUAUUGUAAAUUGAAACGAUUUUAAGCUAGAACAUUUCAUUGUCAACUUUUUGUUUACGUAGUUUAUUAUUGUUAUGUAUCCUAUAUAUACUUUACAUAUUGGUUGAUAUGUAAUUAUUAUUAAAGUAUUUAACUGACA